AUGAGCAACAUGAACGAGCCCUAUCGCGAGAGCGACCUCUCGAAGAUCCGCUGGUCAAACCCGAUGUUCUUCCGCGAGCACGAGCCCCUGCCGCCGCCCGGGCCACCGCCCCCCGUGUCCACGGACAUGCCAUCGUCGAAUGUGGUGCUGACGAACUUCCGCUUCGACACCGGCGCGGCCGCGGCCCCGGGCGCCAUGCCGGAGGCCGGCAUGCUCAACCCCGACGUGGCCGCUGCCCUGCCCACCCUCCCCCGGAACCUGGUCAUGCCCUACUUCCAAACCUCCCCCUUCUAUGACGCCGGCUGCCGCAAUGAACAGAUCCGCAACCAGCGCAUUGGCGACCCGCUGGCCCAGGCCGCCAUGCGCCGGCUCCCCAACGGCCGAGUCAACGUCCCGGCCGUCAUGGAGCUGGACCAGGUCAUUUCCACUGACCUGGACUCCGCGAUCAAUGCCUUCUCCGAGGCCCACCGUCGGGCGUCGGCCUACGUGGGCUUCACCCCGGAGCGCGGCACCUUCUGGGCCCCGCCCUUCAUGCUGUCCAAGCGCCUGCCGGCCACCGCCGACACGGAGGGCGCCGGCCGGCCCGGGAUCGGCGCCAGCUACAGCGAUAUGGACUCCGACUCCGACUCCGACUCCGACUCCGACUCCGACUCCGACUCCGAUGCCGCUUCUGGACCCGCCUCCGACUCCGGCGGGCCAUCCAGUGAUGCUCGCGACUCGGAUGCUGGCGCCGGCCCCGACCAGGACAAGCCCACUCCCACGGGCACCGAGGAGCCUUCCAAGCCCGACAUCGAGCCCGCCAGCCCGGAAAAGCCCCCCGGCUCGGAGUCCGACGACUCGGACACCGACGUCGGCUUCGCCCCGCACGACAUCACCCUCCCCUAUCCGGACCUGUCGUUCACCCUCUACUCGAUGAUCGUGCCCGAGCUGAAUACCCCCGCCGCGCCGACGGCCUUCGGCGACUGGCUCCGAUCAUCGGUGAUCACCUCUUCACAAUCGCUGGCCGGCAACUUGCCCGACGGCUCGGGCAGCAGCGCCGGCGGCAGCACCGCCGUCGGGACGCCGCAUCUCUCGACAGCCGGGUCGCCGAUCCUCGGCACCGGUGGCCCCGCCUCGGUGGCCGCCAGCUCGUCGCUCCCCUCGCCGGUGGUCCUCUCGUCGCCCCUGUCCCGAAGCGCGCCCCCGAUGCCGGCCCCAUCUGCCGGGCCGUCCUCCGCCCCCGGGACUGGGCCCGCCUCGCCGGGGCUCGGCUCUGCUGCGGGCCCGGCCUCGGCCUCGGCCUCGGCCGCCAUGCCCCCGAUGCCGCCCAUGCCGCCGCAUUUGCAACUCCCACCCAUGCCCCCGAUGCCGCCCAUGCCGCCCAUGCCGCCCAUGCCGCCCAUGCCACCGAUCGCCCGGUCCCCGUCCCAUGCCGACCCGGGCUCCGCCCCGGCCGACGCGGGCCUCUCCCUCGGCGACCUGCCGCCGCCGCCGUCCUUCGACCUCCCCCCCCUGCCGGCCAGCCUGUCAGACCCGGCCAGCCGCGGGUCCUUCUCCGUCCCCUCCAGUGUGCCCGCCUCCCCGUCCAAGCGUCGGCUUGACAGCGACGGCCACCUGCCCGAGGGGUCGCCCAGCCCGAAGUUCCCCCGGCUCUGA